AUGAGUUCAGGAAGUAAGGGGGAUAGAACUGAAGAUUUAGCUUCCCUAUUUUUACCAGAAACAUUACAAAAUUUACAACAAAAUUCAAAUACAAACUUAAAUUCAACUACAAAUACAAAUACAACAUCAACAUCACCAAACAAGGCCAAUGAUGAUCCAAAUGGUAUAGAUAUAAAUUUUAAUAAUUCACUUGGAACAAAUAAUCAACAACAACAACAACAGGAUAAAUCAGGAGAAAGAUCAGAUUUAUCAAAAAAUGAAAUGUUAUCAAAUGAUAAUGAUUCAAUAAAUUUACCAAUAUCAACAAGUUAUCAAGAUUUUUUAAAUAGUAAUAAUUUUAUAAAUAAACCUAUAAAUGAUGAACCAGAACAACCUUUUAGUCAUUCUAGUCAUUAUGCUCAAUAUAUGCAAUUUGAUCCAUCAAAUAUGAAUAUGAUUCAACAUUAUUCAAAUUUUCAUAAUCCCAUUUAUCAACAAUUAUAUUCACAACUGAUACCUGGUCAACAACAAUCUCAGCAACAAUUACAACAACAGCCACUACAGCAAUCACAACAGCAACAACAACAACAACAAUUACUACAACCUCAAUUCAAUCCAGAUGGAAAUAAUUUAUUACUACAUUCACCUUCACCAUUUCCACAACAAAUGAAUUAUAAUCAAAGAAAUUAUGAAGAUUAUGAAUCAGAAUGGCUUAAUUCACAAUCACAAAUACCUUACCAAUUUGAUCAACAACAAUUACAUUUACAACCACAACAAUCACAACCACCACUACAAAGUCAGCAGCAACAAAUUCAACAAUUACAAUAUAGACAGCAGCAGCAGCAACAACAACAAAUACAACAAAGACAGCAGCAGCAGCAGCAGCAACAACAUCAAUUCCAACAACUACAACAAAAUACCCAACACAAUUCAAAUUCCAAACGAUCUCAAUCUCCACAACUUCAAGAGGAUAUCAAAAAGAAAAAACCCAAGGGAAGAAAAAGAGAUAGUAAACAAAUAUUUGAUUUUCAAAUUGAUUAUAAACCAACUAAAAUGAAGAAAUUAUUAGAUUUUACACCAUCUGGUAUUACAAGUAUAAAUGAUUAUAAAAUAAUUGAUAAUAAUAAUAAUGAAAUUAAUGUUGAUUUUAAUGGGUUUUUUAAUGGUAGAUUUUUUACAAAUGAUACUGAUAAUAAUAAUUAUAUAUUUACCAAAAAUGAAUUACAAAAAAAUAAUAAAAUUUUAAAAUAUAAUAAUCAUGAAAAUCAUCCACAAAUUGAAGAUCCAAAAGUUGUUUCAUGUUAUAGAAGAAAUUAUAUUCAAAUAUUAUUAAAUAUGAAAUUAAAUGGUAUUAAUAAAGAUUUUAAAUUAUUAAAAUUACAAACAAGUGAAUAUGGUUAUACAACAACUAGAGUUAUAAAAUAUUUUAAAAUUGAAAUAUUAGCAACAACAAAUAUAUCAAAUUCAAAAAAUGUUCCCAUAAUUAUAAGAAAUGAACCAAAAGAUGUUGAAAAAGAAAAAGAUAAAGAAAAUAAUAAAAAAAUUAAUUAUUAUGAAUCCAAAGAAGAUAUUAUACAACCACAAGCAAUUGGAUCACAAGAACAUAUAAUAGUUAUAAAUAAUGAAUCAGAAUCAAUUAUUAAAAAUAAUGAAAUGGAUAAAUAUUUUAUUAUAAAAAAAUUACAAUUUAAAAAUGCAACUCCAAAUAAUGGAAAUUUAACUUUUCAAAAUUAUUAUCAUUUAAAAAUUAAAUUAAGUUGUAUUGUUGCUGAUAUUUAUUAUGAUGAUUAUAUUGAUGAUAUUGAUCCAACAGAGAUCAAUAAAAAUGGUUCUACUAGUAACAAUAAUGGUAAUAAUACAAAUGAAUUUUUAUUAACUGAAUUAAUAAGUGAACCAAUAAUUGUUAGAGGUAGAAAUCCAAGUUUUUAUGCUGAAAGAAAAGAUUUAUUAAUUAAAUGUAGACAAUUUAAUUCAAAAAAGAGUUUUCAAUUAGCUGCUGAAUCAAAUUUAAAAGAUGAUGAUAAUCAUAAUAAUGGAUUUGAAGAAAAUGAAAAUGACCACCAAGAUCAUGAUCAUAAUGAUCAUGAGAGUGGUUAUGAUAAUGAUAAUGAUAAUGAACAUGACAAUAAUGAUAAUAAUAAUGAUCAUGAUCAAGAUAUGGAUUCAGGAUUAGCUGAAAAUGAUUCAAAUGAUGAAGGAUCUCCUUAUACUACAAAAACAAAUAAUGACAAACAAAAUGAUUAUGGAAUGUCAUAUAAUAAUUUUAAUUCAUCAAGAAAUAAAAGUUUCAAUAAUAAUAAUGAAAUAAAUCAAAAUUCACCAAUUGAUGAUUCAAUAAAUAAAAAAAAAUCAAUAAUAGAUUUAAAUUCAAAAAUUUUUGAAAAUGAUACUAGUGGUAAUCUAAAUCCAACAAAUUUAUCAUCAUCAUCAUCAUAUUCAAUAAAUCAAAAUCACACAAAUCCAACUUCAACAACAUUAUCAUCAAUAGAUUUAAAUUCAAUAGAUGGUUAUAAAUAUUUUCCUAUAUCACUGCACUAUUAUUUACCUCCAGUUAAUGUUGUUUAUUUUCCUCAUAGAGCUCAUCAUCCUAUUGAAAAAGAUGAAUUCGAAAAUAAUAAUAAUAAUUUAGAAUCAAAUUUAAUUGAAAGAAAAAGUUCAAAUGUUUAUUUUAAAUAA